CAAAGAACACUGGGAAAUAGAGUUCAACGUGCUUAAUAAUUCAAACCUUUCACCAUUUCUUUCUUCUCCGCCGCUCUCAAGAUGCCGGCCGUACAUCAUAAACUACUCCUGGAGGACGCCCUGCUGGACAGUCCUCAAACUCGUUCCUUGCUCAGUGUGUUUGAGGAGGAUGCGGCCAACCUCACUGACUACACUAACCAGCUGCUGCAGUCCAUGCAGCGUGUGUUUGGAGCUCAGAGUGAGAUGGGUUUGGCCACAGAGCAGCUCUCAAGACAGCUUCUUGCCUAUGAGAAGAAAAAUUUUGCCCUCGGGAAGGGUGAUGAAGAAGUGGUGAACACACUGCAGAAUUUUGCAACAACGGUGGAGGAGCUCAAUGCUCUGCACUUGGAGCUUGCCAACCAGAUGGCAGACACCAUGGUAUUCCCCUUGAUCCAGUUCAGAGAAAAAGACCUGACGGAGAUAAGCACGCUGAAGGAAAUCUAUGGCAUCGCCACCGAUGAGCAUGAGGCGUCCAUGGUCAAGUACAGCCGCUUACCCAAAAAGAGGGAGAAUGAGAAGCUGAAGGCUGAUCUGGUAAAAGAGGUGGCGUACACUCGAAGGAAGCAGCACCAAGCCUCGCUGCAGUAUUACUGUGCACUCAACGCGCUGCAGUACCGCAAGAGGGUGGCCAUGCUGGAACCCAUGCUGGGCUACACGCAGGCACAGGUCGUUUUCUUCAAGAAAGGGCUCGAGUUGGUGUCAAAGAAGAUAGACAACUUCCUCUCAUCUGUGUCCAACAUGACUAAAAACAUCCAGGCCCAACUGGACGUGGAGGCCGAGGUCAUGCGUGUGUCCCAGAAGGAGCUCCUGUCCGUGGAUGACUCGGUCUACCUGCUGGAUAAGGAAAACGAGCCCGUCAAUCGCACACUCAUUCAGAAGGCGGGCUUUCUCAACAUCAGGAAUAAAACAGGCCUGGUGACCACAGCAUGGGACCGCCUGUACUUUUUCACGCAGGGGGGCAACCUCAUGUGCCAGCCACGGGGGGCUGUGGCAGGGGGCAUGGUGCUGGAUCUGGACAACAGCUCAGUCAUGGCUAUCGAGUGUGAAGACAGACACUACUGCUUUCAAAUCACUUCCCCUUCUGGAAAAGCGUCUAUGAUCCUACAAGCAGAAAGCAAAAAGGAAUAUGAAGAGUGGAUUUGCACUGUGAACAACAUCUCCAGACAGAUCUACCUGACUGACAACCCAGAGGCUGUGGCUAUUCGACUAAACCAAACCGCCAUCCAGGCGGUCACGCCUGUCACCAGCUUUGAGAAGAGACAGGAAGGUUCACCUGACCCUGAUAGGUCUGUUGCUCAUUCUAACAUUCAACAACAAAAUCCAACAGCAGCCAAGCCAGGAGGCGUCUACUCCACCAGCGCUGCAUCACAGAAGUCGGGAGCGGGUCCGGAGCCGGAAGACCUGAUCGCCCCCGGGACGCCCAUCCAGUUUGACAUCGUGCUGCCGGCCUCAGAAUUCCAAGACCAGAACCGGGUGGAUGGGAGGCGCACAAAUCCGUUUGGCGAAACGGAUGACGACUGCUCCCACGAAAGCGACGACUCCCUCUUGCAGCAGGUUUUCGCAGUGCGCUUCCUGGGCUCCAUGGCGGUGCGCUGCGGCGACAAUCAAGAGGUGAUCUAUGAGGCCAUGAGGCAGGUGCUGGCUGCUCGAGCCAUUCACAACAUCUUCAGGACCACCGAGUCGCACCUGAUGGUGACUAGCAGUAGCCUCAGGCUGAUCGACCCUCAGACUCAAGUGACAAGAAUAAGCUUCCAGCUUGGAGAGGUGUGUCAGUUUGCGGCCCAUCAAGAAAACAGCAGGUUGAUGGGCUUUGUGGUGGAGGGCCGCGACUGGAGCGGCGGUGGAGACAGUGAAGACCAAAAUGGGGAGCCCUCCUUCAGCGCCUUCGUCUUUGAAAGCAAUACUGAGGGAGAGAAGAUAUGCUAUACCAUGAGUUUGGCCAAGGACAUUACAGAAGCAAAGAAGGACCCGGUGGCUCUGGCGCAGCUCAUGAAGAAUAUGCCGCUCACCAACGAUGGCAAGUUCCUCCUGCUGGAUGCAGAGAACAGUGACACAGCUGAUGGAGACGGACCAGAGGAUUUAGAGUCGGAGGCCUAGAACCGACAAUGACCCGGGACUGCUGUCUCUCCAAUGCUGGACCCUCAUCAUGGUACUUUCGAGGCGUCCCCUUCUCGAUACAAGCGUGUUUUUUUCCUUGGGUUGGCAUGAGUCGCAUUUGUUGAAAGCUGAAAUGGUUUGAAGUGAAAUUUUUCUUAAACCUUUUCCACCAAAAAUGAUUUAUACCUAAAAUAAUGCCUAAAAUAUACUGGACUGCAGUCACCCAAAAGUUUAAGCCACUUCAAUGUUUGACUAUAGCUAUAUAUUCCAAUUCAGGGUCUGCACACUCAUCGAGUGCAUUGGAGAUCAGUUGUGCUUCAAAACUGUGCGAAGGCUUUCCUAGUACCCUCGCAGUCUCGGAAUGAGCCCACAUCUUUAGCAGUUUUGAGCCACGGCAGCACCGCUGACUGAGCUAACGGCUGCGUCCCAGAAUGCUUUUCGUGCUGCUUCCACGGCUAAAAAAAAAAAAUCAUCUUAAACGGAAGCUUGUACUGAUAAAGUCAAAAUUUCACGUUUUUGACUAGUGUUGCACUGAUACUGAUACUGAUACUAGUAUAGGAAGGGGCCCCCAUACAGCUCUAAAAACUAGUGAUGGGCAAAUGAAGCCUCAUGAAGCUUUCCCGCUGGUUCCAUAGGAAAAUACCACUACUCACAAAACGGAUCACCAACACAAACUAACAAAGUGUGAGCAACUCCAUUACCGGACUUAUACAUUCAUGAAUAAUGACAAUCAUUGGACCACUUUCUGAUUAACUGAGGCUUCGAACAAUGUCAGUGAUGUCACUUGCCAGUAAAUACUUUUGGCACAGUAAGAUCUAUCACUAUUGUAAAUGUAGACACCGGUAUCGACAAGUACAGUGGUACCUCUUCUUACGAAACUAAUUGGUUCUGGGAGUAGUUUCGUAACUUGAAAAUUCUGUAAGUAGACACACGUUUUUCAUGUAAAUGCCCUAAUCUGUUGUAAGACCCCCAAAAUUCAGACAUAAAUCUAUUAUAAUUAGGGCUGUCAAACGAUUAAAAUUUUUAAUCGAGUUAAUUACAGCUUAAAAAUUAAUUAGUCGUAAUUAUUCGCAAUUAAUCGCAAUUCAAACCAUCUAUAAAAUAUGCCAAAUUUUUCUGUAAAUUAUAUAUAUAUUCUGUAAAAUAAUUUGUUGGAAUGGAAAGAUAAGACACAAGAUGGAUAUAUACAUUCAACAUACGGUACAUAAGGACUGUAGUGGGCAUUUCACUCUACUGUCAUUUAAAUCUGUCUAUGCUGUCCUCACUCCGAAGCGUCUACUUUUUCCAAAGCUAGACAGCUAGUGAACGACGCCUUAAUAAUCAGACUUCUUCCUUUUUCAUCUGAUUUAUUAAUAAAAUGGCCUCAAACCACUGUCCUCUUUAGACCGUAGUGAAACUACAAAAAAAAGUACACAAGCAUUGCAUUAGCAACAACGUUAGCUAAUCACGCUAUACAGGUUCACUAAACAUAAACAAAAAGCGUCUCAUACAAAAAAUAUAACAUUUCGCUUACUAACAUAAUAUGUACAUUCUUUACAACAGCCAUACCUACGGACAAAUCUUGUCCAAGGAUCAUAUAAGCACAACAUUACAACGUAGGCGUCAGCCCGAGACGUCGUGCAGCCAUAUUGAACUGGCAAGAAAGCAAUAAACCAUGUCGCAAAGCGACCACAAGAGUUCGCUGUUAGACAGCACAAAAAAUACUUGCUGUAAAACUUACCAAAAGGCAGAAUACUGUCUGAGCGGGACAUGUGCGUUAAUUGCGUCAAAUAUUUUAACGUGAUUAAUUUAAAAAAUUAAUUACCGCGCGUUAACGCGAUAAUUUUGACAGCCCUAAUUAUAAUGCAUAAACAUGAAAUCAGAGUUGUGCAUAAUGUAAAAAAACCAAAAAUAGUCUAUAGAAUGUCAGAGCAGCUAUAAGUAUGUUAGGUUCAGUAAACUCUGGGAACUGCGAGUACCAGCCAUACUGUAUUUUUGCCUUUCGUAUCCUGAAAUUUCUUUUUCUUUCUUAUUUUCCCGUUUAGGUGUGUCUUAACCUGAAAAUGUAGAGAUGUUCGUAAGUAGAGGUACCACUGUACGAAGAAAUAAUGCACUGAUGCUGCAGAAUAUUCAAGAUUUAGUUUCCAACUGCCGGUCGUUCUUCCAAAGAUGGCCGCCAGUUACAAACAACGCUGAAGAAGGAAGAGUAGCGCUAGUUAAGUAAGUUAUAUAGAAUAAGAGAUUUUUUUAGCCUAGGAAUGUUUUUUCAUCCUGGUAAGUGUUGUUGAAUGUGCUUAUUUAGCAGUCAUAUUUUCGAUGAAUGGGCCUUUACUUUAGACUUGCAAACUUGUGUCCUAUGCUAGCAUGAGUGAUUAGCACAUUAGCUAAGCUAAUGUACUGAAUUGAUGCCAAUUUGAACAAACAAUUUAAAAAAAAAAAAAAAAAUUGGGGGGCCUUUGUGAGCAUUUUCUGUCCAGUUUUAGAGGGGUUCAUUCAUUUAUUGACACCCAUACCAGGUAGGCACAAAGGAUAUUAAGCAGUGUAUGCAGUGUAUGACCGAGCUAUGAUAGCAAUUUACACCGAACUGAGUGUGCAGUGAUUUAGGAAUAAAAGGGGAAAAAAAUAUUUAGUAUGUUUUCCAAAAAAAAAACGUGGUAUCAGUACAGUAUCGGCAGAUACCACACAGCCUUGGUAGAGGAAUCUGGAUAAGGAGUUAAAUUACAGUAUCAGUGCAACACUGUUCUUAACAGUAGGGUUUUGGUAUUUGACCUUUGUUCAUAAAAGUUUAUAAUAAACAACAGAAAAUUUCCAUUUUUUCACAACACAACCAGGAAAUACAGGUUAGACCGUCCCAUUUGGUUCCCCUGUAAAUGACGUCAUAUAAUUGGGACAAUGCUUGUAUGAUAGAAGUAACACUGGAGGGAGCCGGCGUACCAUGAUGCAUUCCUCACCGAGCCAAUGAUGAAGAAGAAAGAAGGAAUCAACUGGAUUUCAUCACAAAUACAUUACAUGAAUGUCGCCAAACCCCCAAAUUUCCUGCCAUUGACCGCACUAGACGUCCAGUCCAUCUGAACAUGCUUCAAACCUACUUCAAAAUGGAUUGGACGUCUGCUACACAUUUAAAUUCACAGCAGAAGGAUGAUAUUGGACACUGCAUCAUUGUCAAUGGCAGAGAAAGGGUUAAAAGAAAUUAGUUCUUCAAGGGUUUACGAUGAAAACUAAAAAGGAAAAAAAAGGAACGUUUUUUUUUAUUUGUAAAAAUGUAACUUGUAACUGUUUCGUUGAAGGAAAAAAAACUUCUUUGCUUCUUGUAAUAUUACAUGAUCAUAAUAUGAUCAUUUAUACCUAAAGGAAAACACCACAUUGUUCUUACAACAUUACAACCAUUGUAUUUUUGUUCUUGUUCUCAUAAUAUUCUACAUAUUUCAGCAUAUGAAAUUUUGCUGACAUUAUUAAUUUAUUUCUCCUUUUCUGUAUGCUAAUUUACAGUAAUUU